AGGGAGAUGGGGACGUUGAUUUGAAUAAUUCUGUUAGUUGCUAAAAGCAAGCCAUCGUAAUCUGCCGACACAAAAAUUAAAGAGAGUCCAAAACCAACUCAUAAGCAUCACAGCCAUACAAUAUUACUGCUUCACUCAUUCAUACCUCAUACAGUUCUCCAACUAUUAUUCAAUUUCCCUUCUCUCUCGCUCUCUCUCUCGCUCUCUCUCUCUCCCCCCUUUGCUGUUGCUACCAUGGAUUACCAGCCGAAAAUGGUGUCGGUCAACAGCGAAUACGAGCAAGACGACUGUUCUAAACUCAAGUCCGAGCUUUCUUCCACUCUCGACGACGACCUCUGUUCACUCCAGAUGACGACAAUGGAAGUUGAUGGGAACUUGGAGUGGCUGUCAGCAUUUGUGGAAGAAUGCUUAUCAGCCAAAGGAAGCAGCCUCCCCCUCCCACCCCCACAGCUAUCCACACACCUCAACAAUCCUCCACCACCACCAAAUUCACUCUCUCACCCCAUACCAUCUUCUUCCGACUCGCCGUUCUCUCACUUUUCUGCAGUCCCCAGCAAGGCAAGAAGCAAGAGAAGACAGGCGCCUGCCAACACGAGCAUUUGCCCUCUCAUUGGUCAACACCACCUCGAUCAACUGAACCUGCUGCCGAACAAACAGUCCUUACAGUUGACCUCUUCCUCUGCAGACAUUCUUUUGCUGCAACAGACAUAUUGGUUGGCUGACAGUGAGCUCCUAUUGCCGCAUAAGGCUCGAGGAGGAGGAGAAGAAAGGGAGAAGAAGGUGGAAAUGGAUCAGAGAGAUACAACAGUGAAGAAGAGUUUGGGGCUGCAGCAGAAACAGGGUGCAGGGAGUGGGAGGAGAUGCAGCCAUUGUCAGGCACAGAGGACUCCACAGUGGAGGGGUGGACCAUUGGGACCCAAGACAUUAUGUAAUGCAUGUGGAGUUAGAUACAAGAAGUCAGGAAGGUUGGUGCCAGAGUAUAGACCAGCCAACAGCCCUACUUUUGUGAGUUUCUUGCAUUCCAAUUCACACAAAAGGGUUAUGGAGAUGAGAAUGAUCAAUGCCUCUUCUUCUACUUCUACUGCCUUUUCCUCUUCUUAAAACCUACACUACUGGCCAACCAUGCUGGAAGCUGCAACUGUUUGGUUCUUCAAUGUAAACCUUCCCCUUUCCUUUCUACGUUAGAGUAAUGAACUCUCGAGUACAAAAAGACAAGCAUCUUUCUAUUUCUUAGAGGUUUUACCAGAGAUGAAUUUAAUUUUUAAGACCACCCGUGUAUCAAUUACUACUUGGACUACGUUAGUUACUGUAACAACCUAAGCCUACUGCUAGCAGAUCUUAUUCUCUUCGAGCUUUCCUCUCUAGGUUUCCCUUCAAAGUUUUAAAACGCAUUUGUUAGGGAGAGAUUACCACACUCUUGUAAAAGAUGCUUCGUUCGUUCCUCUCUCCAACCAAUGUGGGAUCUCAUAGUUACAUUUCUUUAUGGUAUUCAAUCAAGAUGGAUUCAUUUCGUUGGUAGAAAAUGGUUACAUCCAUUACUACCUCUUUUCAUAUGCUCUAUUCCAUCAAGUUUAAAUGUAGAACAGAUAAAGGAUUCAACAAAAAAUCUCAGUCAAGACUGUAUGCAUAGAACCAGAGUAGUGAUUGAAUAGAAUCAAUCGAUUCAUAGAGAACUUAAAAAUGAGGUAAAAAAA